AUGGAUUCGUCGUCUGAAGUUAGGACUGAGAAGGUGUGGCCGUUGAAGGAGAUCAGAGAAUUGGUGGAGCAAGGUCACGCGAUUGUCAUAUCAGAGGGAUAUGUGCUAAAGUUGGAUGCAUGGCUUAAUCGUCACCCCGGUGGUGCAAAAGUUAUUCUACAUGUUGUGGGAAGAGAUGCUACCAUUGAAUUGGAUGCAUUUCAUAGUAAGGAGGUCAAGGCCCAAAUGGCCCGUUAUCGAAUUGGUAAAUUGGAAGAACCAUGGGUAAACAUUAUACCCCCUAUUCAAAGACAAUCACUUUGGAUCCCAGAGAAUGAGAUCGAAAAAGAACCUUCUACACCGAUCACCGAAAUACCUUUGGUUGAUGUCACCGUCACCGAAAAUCUUUUGGCUGUGCCGCGUCAAUCAAAUCCGGACAGCGAUGCAAGCUCCACUGCCUCUUCCAUUUUUGAUGGAGAGGGUUUACGACUACGAAAUCGAACGGAAGGAAGUUCAGUUGAUUCCGAAGAAAUUCCCGAUUUGGAAAGCAAGAUGAUGGACGCCACAGAAUUGGAGACUAAAUUCCAAGCUCUAAUUGCGAGAUUAGAAGAUGAGGGUUUAUACGACAGCAAACUAUCGGCGUAUGUAACGGAAGUUGUACGAUGUACGAUUUUAUUUUCUCUUUCGAUGGUUUUUCUUCGUAUGGAAUGGUAUGCUACCAGUGCCGCAUUCCUCGGUAUGUUUUGGCACCAAAUCGUCGCCACAGCACAUGACGCAGGCCACAUGGCAGUAACCCACGAUUAUAAUAUCGAUUUCUUAAUUGGUGGUGUGGUUUUGAAUUUUUGCGGUGGGCUUUCGAUAGGCUGGUGGAAACGCAAUCACAACAUUCAUCACAUUGUUACGAAUUCGCCAACCCAUGAUCAAGAUCUUCAAAUCCUACCCUUUAUCGCCAUCUCGCCGGUAUUCUUCGAUUCUUUGUAUUCGACAGCUUCCGAGUGUAUCAUGCACUAUAAUUGGUUUGCCAAAUUCAUGGUUCCAAAACAAGCAUGGACAUAUUAUUUCCUCCUCUCAGUCGCGCGUUUCAAUCUCUACUACCUCGCCUGGGACUUUAUCCUCCGUGAUCUCGGCACCAAACUGCACCGCAAACAACGAAUUUUCGAACUCGUCGGUCAAAUCUUCUUCUGGACUUGGUUUGGAUACUUUCUCGUCUACCGCAGUAUCCCUACCAUCUCCCAACGCAUCAUUUUCUGUCUCAUCUGUCACAUGAUCACCCUCCCUCUCCAUCUCCAAUUAACCGUCUCUCACUUCUCCAUGUCAACCGAAGAAUCAGAACCAAGCGAACACUGGAUCCAACGCAUGUUCCGCACAACCAUGGAUGUAGAUUGUCCGACGUGGAUGGAUUGGUUCCACGGCGGUCUCCAAUUCCAAGUCACCCAUCAUCUAUUCCCACGCAUGCCAAGACAUAAUUUACGGAAAGCGAGCGGAUAUGUGAAGGAAUUUUGCGCGGAAACGGGGUUGAAAUAUGAGGUUUAUGGGUUUGGAGAGAGUAAUGGGAGGAUGCUGGAUAGAUUGGCGGAGGUGGCUAGACAGGCGAGGUAUCUGAAGGAUUGUCAGGAUAGUAUUGUGAGUAAGGGGGAGUAUUUGCAUGGGCAUUGGGAUUGA